UUUGAUUUAAAAUUUUGGUGGGAUAGACAUUAUAAUUCCUUUUCCUAAUCGGUUAAAUCCUUUAUCGAUUAGAACUUGCGAGAGAGAGUAUAAAAGAGAAGCUAGCAUAUCGCUGAAACGUACCAAUCACUUCGUAUCAACAACAAGAAGAAACACUCAGAUUUUGUCAUGGAAGAAGGAAGGCAAGCGCUUGUAUCAUCAUCAUCAUCAUCAUCAUCAUCAUCAUCACAAGGUAAGAGAGGAAACAAGAAGUUAGUACUGAAUAUUGCAUCGUUGUCAUCACCACUACCAGACAAUGUCGUUGAGGAAAUCUUCUUAAAACUUCCCGUGAAUGCCCUAAUGAGACUUAAGUGUCUCUCAAAACAAUGGAGAUCAACGAUCGAGUCUCACUGUUUCUCACAGAUGCACUUGAAGAUCUCCGAGCGAUCACACGUGGAUCAUCCACAUAUCAUGAUCAUCACUUGGAAUCCAGACAACAAGAUUAUUACUUUUAGGAGCGUCUCUUUGGAAUCUGUUGAGUUCUUACCCUCUAAUCUUUUCAAGUUCCCUCACCCAUUCCAAGAUGCCGCCAGCUGCGCUUCUGAAAGCUGUGACGGGCUUUUCUGCGUCUAUUCCCCAAAAACACUUGACAUAUAUGUGGUUAAUCCGGCAACACGAUGGUUCCGACAACUUCCUCCGGCUAGGUUUCAGAUUUUAAUGGACAAGUCAAACCCCACUGCUCUAGAUACUUGGGGAGACGACAUGAAAUCAGUCUAUCAUCUAGCAUUCGUGAAAGGCUCUGAUUACAAGCUGGUGUGGUUAUAUAAUUCAGAUAAACACAUUAAUGCUGAUGGCGCGAGUCCUAACGAGGGAGCUACCAAGUGCGAGGUUUUCGAUUUUAAGACAAACACUUGGAGAUACUUGUCUUGCACUCCAAGUUAUCGAAUUUUUCAUGAUCAAAAGCCAGCAUCUGCAAACAGGUCGCUUUAUUGGUUCACGGAACCUUAUAAUAAUGCUGAAAUCAAAGUAAUAGCUUUUGAUAUUCAUACCGAAACAUUUCGGUUGCUACCUAAGCCUAGCUCUUUUGCUUGUUCAGAUCCAUGCCAUAUUGACAUGUGCACGCUGGAUAAUAGUUUGUGCAUGUAUGAGACAAAAGAGAGCGAUAACAUCCAAAAAAUUUGGCGGUUGAAAUCAUCGGAAGACGCAUGGGAACAGAUUUAUACCGUAAAUCUACUUUCUUCUCAUAAUUUUCAUUACAAUUUUGUCGACAUACUUAGUCCGAUCCAAAAGGAUUUGGUUGAGCCAUCCACACCCAUGGCGAUAUACAAGAACAAGAAGAUCAUGCUCUCACAUCGCUAUACCCGCAAUUUGGUAAAUCCCGAAACAGAACGUCUCCGCUCACUUUUCAAAAAUAUUUUGUGUAUCGUAAGAUCUGUUCCUUAUUUUCCAAGCUUGAUCUCUCAUCUUUAAAUCAAAAUAAAAGAUUAUUCAACUUUUUUUGUCUUGCAACUGCUCUUCUUGAGCGCAUUUGAGAAAGUCAAUGACAUUAAGUUGGUAACAUAUAUGUUGGAUCAUCACCUCCAUUCUCCAUCAGAUAUUUUUAGAUGUUGCAAAUACAUCAAGAAGAGCUUUGCUCAUAAAUUAUGAUUUCUCAUUACUCUUUUCGUUUACUCCA